GGAGGAAUGCGAAUGAAUCGCAAAAGAAGCGGCAGCGUGCGACGCGCGCAGUUCCUUUUCGACAUCCGUGCUGUGUGCGCGAGCGCGACGAGAAUUACACGACCUAUUCGCGAACGCGACUAGAUCUCCGAAUCGUCGCGACGGUUUAACACGGUGUUUGUUCUUCGUGGUUAUCCAUCUGAUAGUGCUUUUUUUUUUUUUUUUUUUAUCAUCACCACAGUGAUUCACGGUAAUAUUCGGUGGUGCUCGGUGAUAUCGAGAUAUACAGUGGCGUGUCUGCUGGCGAAAACGCAGUUCAAGAGUCGUAUUCAUCGGAUGGUCGAAUAAGUGCGUGCAACCGUAGACGCAGACGUCGCGAGCGAAUGACAGUUCGUUCGAAGGAAAGGUGUAUUUUCAUAAAGAGGAGAAGGUCGUGGUGAAACUUGAGAGACAAACGGGAGAAUCGAGAAGGCGUCGAGGAGUCGGGUCGAUGAUAUUCGCAGUGUGCACUUGUUAACUCAGCGGGACGCGUGUAUCGAGAAACUCGGCUAUCGCGACGGUUCUCCCAGCCAAGUCGGGAGAGCGAGAUAUCGACGUGGAACGAGCGCGCUCGCAACCGAAAGAAUCGACCGAUUGGUGGCUCUGCCGUAGCAUCGUGCAUCGUGCUCGAGUGUUGUUGCAGCGGGGCGCGUACGGAAUUCCUGAAUAUGCUACCGUUGCAAUAUGUUUCGCACGAAUCAACUAGAAGACGUGGGCUACAGAAGCGUCGAGAUCGCGUCCGCGUUUACGCAUCUGCCGCAAAAAGAAAUGGCCAGGGACACGCCAGGCUCACCCAUGUCUAGGCCGAGGGAGUUGGUCGGCGGAGUUGGCGCUGCAGCGGCCACCUUGACAUCCAGCGCGUAUCACGCUGCCUCUGGCGAUCCAACCGCCCUUCACGGUCACGCGCUGCAGCAAAAGAUACUCGAGUUGCAACAGCAUCAUCAACUUCAACAGCAGAUUCUACGGCAACAGUUCCAGGCGCAGGAGCGACAAUUGGCGGAACUGCACGAACAACAGAUGCAUCAGCUGAAGCUAUGGGAGCAGCAAAAGCAACUGGAGGAACAGAGGAGAGAAAAGGAGAGGCUCGAAGCUUUGAGGAAAAAGGACAAACACGAUCACAGUGCCAUCGCAUCGACGGAAGUCAAGCAACGUCUUCAGAGCUUCCUCGUCAACAAGAAGCAAAGGGAGGCCGCGGCCGCGGCUAAUGGGGCCGUACCUGGUACAGCCGGAUACAGGAGCUGGUUGCAACCGCAAUCGGAUUCGGCGGGCACCGCGAACGCCUCGCAUCCAUACAGGAUGCCGCAGAUGCUUCAGGAAAAGUUUGCCGAUGAUUUCCCUCUUCGAAAAACAGCCUCGGAGCCGAACCUGCUGAAGGUGCGACUAAAGCAACGCGUGGAGAGGAACAUGGCCGCCUCGAGAAACUCACCCCUGAUGGCAAGACGGAAGGAACGGCUGCUGUCGCACCUCAAGCGGAAGUCACUGCUAGCAAAUUCUAGCAGUAAUCCGGAAUCUGGGCCUAAUUCGCCGCCGACCGUCAAUAAUUCUCAAGCGAGUCCCACGGCGGGUAGCAACGCGGCGGCCAUUCAAGAAGAGACCGAGAACACGGCGUACGGUGGCCCUCUGACCAGCGGCAGCCAACAGGGUAGCCUUUCGGAUCUUUCGUUGUUCAGCUCACCGUCCAUGCCGAACAUCUCGCUGGGUAGACCUCACGUUCCGUCCGGAACCAGCACGACUGGCACCAAGUUAGCGACCGUCUCAGAAGCGGAGGUACGAGCAGCGUUCACGGCGCGGCUUGGAAUGCCGCUCACCGAUCAGAUGUUACCUGGCACCCUGCCCUUCUACCCCUCGCUAACGGUGAUCGAAAGGGAUCCGCCAUCCUCCAACUACGUUCACAAGCAGAUGCAGAAUUUGGAACAUCAGUCGGUAACGAACAGACAACACGCAGCCGCGGUUUAUUAUAGCGCUGCAGCAGCGUCUGCGUCAGGCUCGGCGUCAGCGUCUGCGUCGCCCAUCACGGACACGCAAGUAGCGCACGCGAGGCUGCAAAAGGCUGGUCACCGGCCUUUAGGUAGCAGAACCCAGUCCGCUCCGUUACCAUUGGGACACCCGAUGCUGCAAGGCGGGAGCAUGAUGGCUCCGCAGACGCACUACGAAGAGUACCUGGCCGAGAAGCAGCUGCACGACCAACAGCAGGCGCACAAUUACCUGAAACAACAGAUUCGUCAGACCGUGUUGACGCGGGUCGGGUCCCGAGGCCAGGCGAAUCAGUUGGACGAGGCGCCCGAGUCCGAAGAGUCCGAAGUGAUAGAUCUGACGGGAGGAAAGAAAGAUCUGUCGGAGGAGAGCGAAAUUUCCAAGCAACAGCGCGAUCGCGAGCAAUUCCUGCAACAGCAAAGAGAUUUGAUGAUGAGGCAUACGCUGCAAGCCUCGAAUGAGUCGACGGCCUACAGCGGGGGCAGUGGCGGCAGCGGGAGUAGAGGAGGCCAGCAGUGCGCCAGGCCGCUAUCCAGGGCGCUCUCUAGUCCGUUGGUGCAUUUAGGACCCCAGGGCUCCGGAUCCGCCGCCGCUGAUUUAUUCGCUCGAGCAUCCACCCACCGACCCACCACUGGCUUGGCCUACGAUCCGUUGAUGCUGAAACACGCGUGCGUCUGUGGGGAGACGGUACGUGGUCAUCCCGAGCACGGCGGAAGGUUGCAGAGCGUCUGGGCCCGACUGUCAGAAACGGGUUUGCUACAGAGAUGCGAUCGGAUACGAUCGCGUAAAGCUACCCUCGAAGAGAUUCAGACGUGUCACAGCGAGGCGCACGCUCUACUCUUCGGGACGAAUCCGAUGAACCGUCAAAAGUUGGACGUAUCGAAGCUCUCUCAACUACCGAUCAAGAGUUUCGUUCGACUGCCUUGCGGCGGAGUGGGCGUCGAUUCCGACACUACGUGGAACGAACUGAAUACCGCGCCGGCCGCCAGAAUGGCAGUAGGCUGCGUCGUCGAUCUGGCCCUAAAAACCGCUAUGGGCGACAUUAAGAACGGCUUCGCCGUCGUACGACCUCCGGGCCAUCACGCCGAAACCAAUCAAGCCAUGGGUUUCUGCUUCUUCAACUCGAUCGCGAUCGCUGCGCGAUUGCUCCAGCAAAAGCUCGAUGUUCGGAAAAUCUUGAUCUUGGAUUGGGAUGUCCACCAUGGGAACGGAACGCAACAGAUGUUUUACGACGAUCCGCGUGUGCUAUACCUGUCGAUACACAGGCACGACGAAGGUAACUUCUUUCCAGGAACCGGUGGCCCGACCGAGUGCGGGGCAGGCGAGGGCCUCGGCUACAACGUGAACGUAGCUUGGUCGGGAGGCCUGAAUCCGCCGAUGGGAGAUGCGGAGUACAUAGCUGCGUUUCGAACGAUAGUGAUGCCAAUCGCGAAGGCAUUCGAUCCGAGCAUCGUCCUAGUCUCGGCUGGAUUCGAUGCCGCCGUUGGUCAUCCUCCGCCUCUCGGAGGUUACAAAGUCAGCCCAGCCUGUUUUGGAAAGCUGACGCAACAACUGCUAGGACUGGCAGACGGCAAGGUUGUCCUUGCCCUUGAAGGCGGCUACGACUUGGCCGCCAUCUGCGAUUCCGCGCAAGAGUGCGUUAGGGCUCUGUUGGGCGACGAACCUUCCCAAUUGAGAGAAGAGGAACUGACCAGGCCACCUUGUCAGAACGCGAUCGACACGCUGCAAAAGACUAUCGCCGUUCAGAUGUCGCACUGGCCUUGCGUCAAGCUGAACGCUCACACUGUACCCAUGACCGCGAUCGAAGCUGGUCAGAAAGAGCGCGACGAAUCGGAGACGGUCUCCGCGAUGGCCUCUCUUUCGAUGCAGCAGCCUACCAACUUAACGACUACCCCAGAACAUUCCCGUGAAGUUUCCGAGGAGCCCAUGGAACAAGACGACGCCAAAUGAAAUCGUAGUCGGCUGCGUUAGCGGUACGUGCGAUCGUCUUUGGAAAUUGUCGCGAAACGACCAUCGUCGUGUUCGCGACGCGUCGUAGGGAGCGACUGGCGAGCUACAGAGCCACUGUGCCACGAAACAGGUGCAGUUUGCGCUGUCCGACGUUGCAUCGUCGGCGUCGUUACCCAAGCUUUUGCGCGCCUCUAUUUUAGCGCCAUCGAGCGUUGAAUCGCGACGUUGCGCCGACACGCGAUCCUGUCGCUGCGAAUGCUCGCUGUUAUUCAGCCGACUAAACGCGAGGGGAUCCGAACCUUGCAGAGCUACCGAUACAGUUUUUUCUACGGUCUUGGAGACAGGUCUAGCAGAUACACCCCGUACACCAAAUGCUAUCGAGAGAAUGUCAUCUAAUCGAAGUCGAGUAAUGCCGUUAGAGAAAGAAAAGCAACGUUUCGUUUAAAUCGAUUACUAUCGUUAACCCUCGAAAUCAUAUCCAAUUAAAGCGGGCGUUUUAUGUAUCGUUUUUACCAUCCAUUGAGAGCCUUUGCGUGUUUGUCCAUCGCAUCGGCUACGAUUGGGUAGAGUUUCCGGAGCAAAGGUGCUCAGACUCGUCUGUAAAAUCGAUCAGUUUGCGCGCGCGAAAACUCCUUUCAAGUAUUUCUCUCGUUUGUACGAACAAACCUUAUGUUUUCGAGUACUUUCUAUUUUCUAUAGUACGUCCCAUUGGACCAGCAUUCCCCGAUCUCUUUCACUCAUGGAACAUUUUUUACGUACACAUUUUACAGUUUUCUUUUUCAUACACUUGCGAACGAACGUAUACAUCGUACUAGGAAUUUCAAUGAAAACUAACCAAAGCCUAAUCUCAAUUUAUUCGAAUAACGUCUAGCUCUGGUUUUAUUCGGACCCAGUUCGUUCAAUGGAACGUACUAUUAGUUGCUACAAGUUUCCAAGUAUUGCACGGUAAACGUUGUUCCGUGUUGUCCACCUUUUCGUCCCAAUCGCGCAAACGGAUAUUAUCGGAGAGAAAUUUCGAAGAAACGCGCUAUAAGAAAAUUGUACCUGUUUGCGAACCGUCGGUCGUCCCGAAACACUAGACGUUCGAAACGAUCUUACGCGCCCUGUGACUCGAAAGUAAAGAGUUCGCGCUCCACGCACUUGUUUAGUUUAUUCUAACAUAUUUAUUAUGCAAAUCGGAAAAAAGUAACGAAGAGUAUCUUACUCGUAAGACUCUGAACGCAUCGAUAGAAAUUGCGCGUCCGAAUGAUAAAAAUCGUCGAGGAAAUUUUAUUUAAGACCAACGUAGCGUUAGACUUUUUUUUUUACGUAUUUUACGUUACACUGGACGCAAUCGUACGUUGGGACGCUUCAAUUUUUUUCGUAUUUCAAUGAAAAUUUGCAUAUCGACGGAACUACGAAACAGAGAUGAGUAAAAAGAUUUAGAUAGAAAUUUGUUUAUCCGUUAUAUUUAUUUAUUUUAUUUCAACGAUUUAAGACGAUGUUUAACGAAUAAGUUAAGUUUGUUUUUCCCAAUUUUUAUCGAACGAGAAACGAUGUCCAUCGUUAAAUAAAAAUUAAAGGUUUUUGAAUUCAACGCGCAAACUUCAUUUUAGAAUGAAACAUUUUACGAAUGCCACCUUUAAAUUUUGGGCAUCUCUGCAACGAAUUAAUCGAAGCGAUCCUACCAGAGCGCGAUAAGAAUUCGCAGAAGAAACGAUACACCUGACGAGAAGCAAUGAACCAAGUGUUUCGCGUUUCGCGUUUCGCGUGUCUCGUGUCUCGUGUCGCGAGAAUGUAGCGAUUAAUUUUUACUUCGGGUGGCGUAGCGACGUUUGGUUGUUUUACCGCGAACAAAGGCUGGUGUGAUUUUUGUGAUAUUUUGUAAAAAAAAAAAUGAAAUUUAACGAGCUACUGUUAAAUAAAGGUGUAAGUGCAAGCAAGAGCGUUCGUCGUGUGUGUGUGUUUGUUUGUUUGGUUGUGUGUGUGUGUGUACGUACGUGCGUGCGUGCGUG